AUCCUGAGUUUCACAGCUGUCGGGCUUAGUACAAACUGCAGGAUGUAAAUGUGUGUACAGUACUUGGAAUAUAAUUAUGCACUGACACAGGAAAAUGGAGAGAAGACGGUAUGGUAAUAUUCCAGGGGAAGAAGAAACACUGGACAGAGAUUAUUUUCCUAUGCUAGUCACCAGGCCCAGCUCCUAUAAAAAGUCAGUCUCUGAAGGACGUGAAGGACUGAGGAAGAUUACCGCUACUGAAGGAGCUCUGAAAUCUUGGAUGGGACUCCACCCAACCAGGACACUUAACUUCUGUUUACAGUAUAAACAGAAUCUAGUCUGGUGGUCCAUUGGCUUCACCAGACUGCCAAAGAAUCUACGACCCCCAAAAAAGUCAAGAACCUCUGGUGUAAUGCAUGGGGCACUGGACUUACAGACAAGAAGACCAGGAUUUAAAUACUACUCAGUGCUCUGCCCCAGGCCUGCUUCAACCUUACAUGCCAUCCAGCCACAUAAUCAAAUCAUCUGCCUGCCAUUGCCGACCCACUUCUCCCUGUGUAGAACAGAAUUUUCUACAAUGGACCUAACACUGAGACUUCCAAACCCCCAUCUCUCAGAAGAUGUCUCCCAAGCCCCACCUCGGGUCAAAACGGGGGCUGCCUCUGGAGCGCCUACCAUGUGCCAGGUAUUUUGCUAAGCGCUUGGGAUGCAAAAGAGAGGCAAAGCCAGUUCCAUCCCUCAAGGAGCUAACAAUCGAAUGGCUCCGCAUGCAUUAAGCCCCAGCUCCCGACUCUGCCCAGGUCGGGUA